AUGUCGGCCGUGGUAGCUCAGACGCUGCAUGUUUUUGGUCUUCGAUCCCACGUGGCCAACAAUAUCUUCUACUUCGAUGAACAGAUCAUUGUAUUUCCUUCAGGAAAUCACUGCGUGAAGUACAAUGUGGAUCAGAAAUGGCAAAAAUUCAUUCCAGGCUCAGACAAGAGUCAGGGCAUGUUGGCCUUGUCCAUCAGUCCCAAUCGGCGGUACCUCGCUAUCUCUGAGACUGUGCAAGAGAAACCUGCCAUCACCAUUUAUGAAUUGUCAUCCAUCCCUUGCCGGAAGCGCAAAGUUCUUAAUAAUUUUGACUUCCAAGUUCAGAAAUUUAUUAGCAUGGCUUUUUCUCCAGACUCCAAAUACCUAUUGGCUCAGACAUCACCUCCAGAGUCAAAUCUUGUCUAUUGGCUGUGGGAAAAACAGAAAGUAAUGGCUAUUGUUAGAAUCGACACUCAGAACAACCCUGUCUACCAGGUGAGCUUCAGUCCGCAGGAUAACACUCAGGUGUGUGUCACUGGAAGUGGGAUGUUUAAGCUUCUCCGUUUUGCCGAGGGAACCCUGAAGCAAACCAACUUUCACAGGGGAGAACCCCAAAACUAUCUAGCCCACACCUGGGUGGCUGAUGACAAGAUUGUCGUUGGCACUGACACAGGCAAACUCUUCCUCUUUGAAUCUGGAGAUCAGCGUUGGGAGACCAGCAUAAAGGUCAAGGAACCUACCGAUGGCUCAAAGAGCCUGGAUGUCAUCCAGGAAUCAGAGAGCCUGAUUGAAUUUCCGCCAGUCAGUUCUCCACUCCCUUCCUAUGAACAGAUGGUGGCGGCCAGUAGCCACAGCCAGAUGUCCAUGCCCCAGGUGUUUGCCAUUGCAGCCUAUUCAAAGGGAUUUGCCUGUUCUGCUGGGCCAGGGAGAGUUCUGCUGUUUGAGAAGAUGGAAGAAAAGGAUUUGUACCGUGAGAGCAGAGAAAUCAGGAUUCCUGUGGACCCUCAGAGCAAUGAUCCAAGUCAGUCCGACAAACAGGACAUUCUCUGCCUGUGCUUCAGCCCCUCAGAGGAAACUCUGGUUGCCAGCACCAGUAAGAACCAACUCUACAGCAUCACCAUGUCCCUGACAGAGAUCAGCAAGGGGGAGCCUGCUCAUUUUGAGUAUUUGAUGUAUCCAUUGCACUCAGCACCCAUCACCGGUCUAGCUACCUGCAUCCGCAAACCCCUUAUAGCCACCUGUUCUCUGGAUCGAUCCAUCCGCCUUUGGAAUUAUGAAACAAACACUCUGGAACUAUUUAAGGAAUACCAAGAAGAGGCAUAUUCCAUCAGCCUUCAUCCAUCUGGACACUUCAUCGUAGUAGGAUUUGCUGACAAACUACGCCUCAUGAAUCUACUCAUUGAUGAUAUACGUUCUUUCAAAGAAUACUCUGUUAGAGGAUGCAGAGAGUGUUCCUUUAGCAACGGAGGUCACCUGUUUGCUGCAGUCAAUGGAAAUGUGAUUCACGUUUACACCACCACGAGCCUAGAGAACAUCUCAAACCUGAAAGGACACACAGGGAAGAUUCGCUCAAUUGUGUGGAAUGCAGAUGAUAGCAAACUGAUUUCUGGUGGCACAGAUGGUGCUGUGUAUGAAUGGAAUCUGUCCGCAGGAAAGAGAGAGACAGAAUGCGUGCUCAAGUCUUGCAGCUACAACUGUGUUACUGUCUCCCCCGAUGCCAAAAUUAUCUUUGCUGUUGGAUCAGACCACACCCUCAAGGAGAUUGCGGAUUCCUCGAUCCUUCGAGAGAUAUCAGCGUUUGACGUCACCUACACCGCCGUUGUCAUCUCGCAUUCCGGACGCAUGAUGUUUGUGGGCACCUCGGUGGGAACCAUUCGUGCCAUGAAGUACCCUCUGCCUCUGCAGAAGGAAUUCAACGAGUACCAGGCCCAUGCCGGUCCUAUCACCAAGAUGUUGCUUACCUUUGAUGAUCAGUUCCUGCUGACUGCUGCUGAGGAUGGCUGCCUGUUCACCUGGAAGGUCUUUGAUAAGGAUGGCCGGGGAAUCAAGCGAGAGAGGGAGGUGGGCUUUGCCGAAGAGGUGCUUGUGACUAAAACAGACAUGGAAGAAAAGGCUCAGGUUAUGUUGGAGCUAAAGACUCGUGUGGAGGAAUUAAAAAUGGAGAAUGAGUAUCAACUCCGACUAAAGGACAUAAACUAUUCUGAGAAGAUUAAGGAGCUAACAGACAAGUUCAUCCAGGAAAUGGAAUCCUUGAAAACAAAAAACCAGGUCUUAAGAACCGAAAAAGAGAAGCAGGAUGUUUAUCACCGUGAGCACAUAGAAGACCUCCUAGACAAGCAAAGCCGGGAACUGCAAGACCUGGAAUGUUGCAACAACCAAAAGUUGCUUCUAGAAUAUGAGAAGUACCAGGAGCUGCAGCUCAAGUCCCAGAGGAUGCAGGAAGAGUAUGAAAAACAGCUCCGGGAUAACGAUGAGACCAAGAGCCAGGCCCUGGAGGAGCUGACUGAGUUUUAUGAGGCAAAACUGCAGGAGAAAACCACCCUUCUGGAAGAGGCACAGGAAGACGUCAGGCAGCAGCUGCGGGAGUUUGAAGAGACCAAGAAGCAGAUUGAGGAAGAUGAAGACCGAGAAAUCCAAGAUAUCAAAACCAAGUAUGAGAAAAAGCUUCGGGAUGAAAAGGAAUCAAACCUGCGGCUCAAGGGAGAAACAGGCAUCAUGAGGAAGAAGUUCAGUAGCCUACAGAAGGAGAUUGAAGAACGAACCAAUGACAUUGAGACCCUAAAAGGAGAGCAGAUGAAGCUGCAAGGAGUCAUUAAGUCUCUGGAGAAGGACAUCCAAGGCCUCAAGCGAGAGAUCCAGGAAAGAGACGAGACUAUUCAAGACAAGGAGAAGCGAAUUUAUGAUCUGAAAAAGAAAAAUCAAGAACUAGGGAAAUUCAAGUUUGUGCUUGACUACAAAAUAAAGGAGCUGAAGAAGCAAAUAGAACCUCGAGAGAAUGAGAUCAGGGUGAUGAAGGAACAGAUUCAGGAGCUAAAGUGGCCCCAGAGGGUCGAGAUUCACUCAUACAACUUCACAAAGCAAGCGAGGAAGGUGCUUCUCUGGGGAACCCUGCCUCAGAUGGAAGCCGAACUGGAGAAUUUCCGUAAGCAGAACACUCAACUGGAGCUGAACAUCACAGAAUUGUGGCAGAAACUGAGAGCCACCGAUCAGGAGAUGCUCAGAGAGAGACAGAAGGAGCGAGACUUGGAAGCGCUGGUCAAAAGGUUUAAAACAGACCUCCACAACUGCGUGGCCUAUAUUCAGGAGCCGCGGCUGCUGAAGGAGAAGGUUCGAGGUCUCUUUGAGAAGUACGUGCAGCGAGCAGACAUGGUGGAGAUCGCAGGGCUGAACACAGACCUGCAGCAGGAGUACACCCGGCAGCGGGAGCACCUGGAGAGGAACCUGGCCACUCUCAAGAAGAAGGUGGUCAAGGAGGGUGAGCUGCACCGCACAGACUACAUCCGCAUCAUGCAGGAAAAUGUCUCUCUGAUCAAGGAAAUUAAUGAGCUCCGCAGGGAGCUGAAGUUCACUCGGUCCCAAGUCUAUGACCUUGAAGCAGCUCUGAAACUGACCAAGAAAGUCCGACCACAAGAAGUUUCAGAGACAGAACCCAGCAGGGACGUGCUCAGCACGGCUCCCACCGCAAGGUUGAAUGAGCAAGAAGAAACUGGGAGGAUCAUCGAAAUGCAACGCCUAGAAAUCCAGCGCCUCAGAGACCAGAUCCAAGAGCAAGAGCAGGUCACAGGGUUCCAUGCCCUCGCUGGAGUCCGGCUUCCUUCCCUCUCCAACUCCGAGGUAGACUUAGAGGUGAAGACCAACUGACCCCCUCUGGUGAGCCAUCUCCAGCCACAGCCAGAAGAAACACAGCAUGUCUGUCCCCAAGCCAGACUUGCGGUUGGAGUCUGUAUGGUCCCUGCAGCACUGACCCCAGCAACCUCUUUCUCUUGCCCUGGGGAAUUUGGGACACAGAAUAAAGGUGUUUGCCC